GGUAAGAUUCAAGAAAAGGUAAAAGUAAAGUUAAAAAUUAACCCUUUUAACUUGGAUAUAAUGAAGUCAAAGGAUUGGGUGAAGGAUUAAUGGGGCUAAAAGUGGUAAAUCCAGAAGUUCAGUACUUUUUAAAGUUCAAAGGCUUCGCAGGGGAAGAAGGAAUCGCUUGUCUCUCCCGAAUCAGUGGAGACCAAACCCUUCAGUAAGAAGAGAAGAAACCAGAACCCCUUAUGUGAAUGGAUAACCAGUUCCCUCUCAGAAAAGUUCCAAAUUUUUGUUCCUUCCGCUACGGAUUAUCUCUCCUCUUGCAUUUCUGCAAUGUCAUAAUAACUGCACAGCACAUGUGUCUGAGCCUCACAAUGGUAGCCAUGGUGAACAGCACAGACGCUCAUGGUUUGGCCAACACCACCACAGAGGAACACCUGGAUCACAAUAAGAACCCCGUGUAUAACUGGAACCCCCAAAUCCAGGGCUUCAUCUUCAGUUCCAUCUUCUAUGGUGCACUCAUCACCCAAAUUCCUGCUGGAUACUUGUCUGAAAAAUACUCCAUCAAGAAAAUUAUUGGCUUUGCAUUCUUCCUCAGCUCUCUGCUUAGCCUGUUAAUGCCGAUGGCAGCUGAAGGUGGAGAAGCUUUCCUUCUGGCAUGCCGGGUAGCCCAGGGAGCAGCCCAGGGGUCGGUAUCCAUAGCUCAGCAUGUCAUGUGGGUCAAGUGGGCUCCUCCCUUGGAACGAGGCCGACUCACCUCCCUGAGUCUAUCAGGAGUUCUGCUGGGGUCCUUCAUUGUUCUGCUUGUGACUGGAUUCAUAUGCCAAUCCCUGGGCUGGCCCAUGGCCUUCUACAUUUUUGGUGCUUGUGGCUGUGCCCUAAGUCUUCUCUGGUUUGUUCUGUUCUAUGACGACCCAAAGGACCACCCGUGUAUAAGCAUCAGUGAGAAGGAAUACAUCUUGUCCUCUCUCAGCCAGCAGGUCAGCUCAAGGACACAGUCUCUGCCAGUCAAAGCUAUGAUUAAGUCUCUCCCAGUCUGGGCCAUUGCUUUAGGUUCCUUUGCUUUUCACUGGUCAAAUAAUAUCAUGGUUUUGUACACUCCAACAUUUAUCAACUCCAAGCUUCGUGUGAAUAUAAAAGAAAACGGGCUGCUGUCAGCCCUCCCCUCUUUGUUUGCCUGGAGCUUUGGUAUCCUAGCAGGUCACCUGACAGACUUCUUCCUGUCCAGGAAUAUUCUCCGCUUAGUUACCAUACGGAAACUCUUCAACACACUAGGACUUCUCCUGCCUCCCUUCUUCAGCGUGUGCCUACUCUACUGGAGUUUCAGCUUCUUUAGCAUUACCAUCUUCCUGAUACUUGCCAGUUCAACAGGAGCCUUCUGUAUGGCCGGAGUCCUCAUAAAUGGCUUGGAUAUUGCUCCCAGUUAUUAUGGAUUUCUUAAAGGAGUUACAACUUUAAUUGGGAUGAUAGGAGGACUAACUUCUUCUACUCUGUGUGGUGUGAUCCUUAAUCAGAAAUUCAGGACUGGGCUAAAGAUAGACAAGAACACACACGCCUCUGAAGCUUCGUGUAAAGCAGAACCCUGGGAGAGCCUGGGACUGACCUCCUCACUGAAGGGAAGAGGGACCAGCCCCGGAGCUGGGACUGAGGGGCAGUAAGCCGCUCAAGGCAGAAGAUGGCGUGCACCUUCCUAGGAUGUCCCACCCCACAGCCCGUGUGCAUCUCUUUUGUACCAUAUAUUGUUUGUACCACCUAGCAGGUCUGAAUUUUAAAUGUGGAUUUUUUCGUCUUCCACUCCACAUUCUUUGCUUUAUAAAUGAUUGCUGAGUCAACCAAUAAACAAGUGCAAGAAAA